AUGCAGACGGCAACGAUGAAUACAAAAGUAAAUAUAUGGUUAGUGUGCAGUGCGCUAUGCGCCAGCCUGGUACGGGCCACACAAUCGGUAUGCUCGUCGCAAAACACAGCGACCACCGACGGCGUACGAGAACAGUUUCAGAGCAAUGGGUGGUGUUCGAAUAACUGCGCAGGCCACCAGUUUGCCGUAGUGCAGGGGUACAUGUGCUGGUGCAGCGAUUCGGAGCCCAGCACGCAGACUUCGGUGGGCAACUGUAGUGGUGCGUGUCCCGGGUACGGUUAUGAAGAAUGUGGGAAUGCUGAUGAGAACCUUUUCGGUUAUAUAUAUUUGGGGCAGACGCCGCUAAGCUCGAUACAGAGUGUGGAAACGUCGACAGCCCCCAGCACAUCCAGUGCGAGCAUUAGCACCGCCAGCAGUAGUGCCGCAAGUAGCAGCAUCACAGCCAGCAGUACUCUCACAACAUUGGACACGACCAGUUUGAGCGCAACCACAACGGCCCCGGUUCCGACGUCGACGGGCGCAAGCUCCUCAAUUUCUACGCCAACAAGCACAACCUCUUCAACUUCCACGCCAGCGAGCACAACCUCUUUAACUUCUACGUCGACGAGCACAAUCUCCUCAACUUCUACGCCAACAAGUACAUCUUCGUCGACGAGCACACUGACAAGCACGAUUUCGUCAACAUCCACACCAAUAACUUUCACAUCAACAUCUCCUACGUCGACAAGUAUAGCGUCUUCAACGCCUGUAAGCUCAAGCUCAGCAAGUUCAGCGUCGUCGAGCACAACCUCCUCAACUACAACGUCAUCCAUUCCAGCUUCUACAUCAAGCACGACGGUGGCCUAUACCAGCACAACAGCGGCCCCAACGACGUCCAUUAUAACUUCCGUGAACCUACAGACAUCGUUAAAGUAUUCCGUGAUAACAGUCACUUCCGUGCACACCAUGGACGCAAACGUCUCGGAAAUCACUUCAAGAUAUCUCACCACGACAAAAAUAAUAACGCAGGUUUAUUCUUCUGCCCCCACUGAAACGCCCAUCUCAGUAGUGACCACUACCUCUGUCGGUGUCGGUGGUAGAAUCACGAACAGCAACGGCAACAGCAACAGCAACAGCAACAAUACCAAUAACAACAACAACAUACCCACAAACAAGUCUACAGGAAAGAAAGGGUAUUGGCAUUCCCCCGGGAAAAUAGCAGCCACUUUUGUGGUGGUCGGCGUGGUAUGCCUAGCGAUAAUAUGCGUACUGAUAUACCUGAUAUACCAUUAUAGAACAAGACCAGCAAGAAAGGCGCAGGACUUCGAGAACGCAUACCAAAGUAAAUUCUCACAGUCCAAGUACCCGAACAAAACCGCCACGGCCACCUCCGCCACACUACACACGCCCUCGCCAUCGUCAAGUUCCACUUUCUCCACGCCAAGAUUAAUAUACACCGAUGAAAAGGGACAGAUUACGUCCGAAUCGCCCUCUUCACGCCAAUCCACGUAUUCCCUGACUGCAGGCAGUCCCCUGAAUGACCCCAGCACACUAGCAAGCCCAUUCCGUGACCCCACCCUCUCCAGAAGAGCUUCUACCUUCCUCCAUUCGCCACCCACCCAAAAGCACCAUGAUAAAAUAGAAUCUAAUAUCGCCCUCGGUGAAGACGCAGUGCUGGUGGACCAGAGAUUGGACCCGAGUAAAAUGCUCAGCACCAUAGCAAGUGACGAUGCCACAAACCACUCUAACAUCUCGCUUUCAGAUAACGUAGACUACUCCAGGAGGGUUCUGCGUGUAAUGAACGAAUGA